AUGGCGAGCUCGACCAGGGUCACUGCGGGGGAGGGAUAUAGCUAUGAAUAUAACUAUGGAUCCAACUUUGAAGAUGUGUAUGGAGAUGAUGACUGGGAUUCUGAAAAGGACUGUAACAUUAAUGGCAGACUGGUAGAAUGCCUGUCCAAGCUAGCCGACUUGUUACAGAGACAGUAUGGCAGUUUGCAGCAACAAAAUAAUGACAUUAGCGCAGAAUCUGAAAUGAAACAAGAAGAAGUUAAAGAUAGAAAUCAAAUCAAAGUAGAUGGACCAUCAGAAAUGGAGAAGGGAACUGAAGUUGAGACAUUGAGUACUGCUAAAGAAGAUGAAUGUAUGAUGGAGUUUGUGAAGGAGCAAGUUGUAGGUGAAGAAAAUGAUGGGAAUGAACUGAGCGAGGACAUUAUUUUUGCAAAUGAUCAAGAGGUAGGAAAGAGAACUGAUUUUGAGAAAGGGGAGAAACGUGAAAGGUAUGUCGAGAAAGAUUAUGAACAAGAGCUAGGAUUGAAAACUGAUGAUGAUGAUGAUGAUGAUGAUGAUGACAACGGAUUAAUCAGAAGAGAGAGUAAAAUGGGUGAACUGAAGUAUUAUGAGAAACCUGAUGUAGUUGAAAAGGCUUUAACAGAUGAUGUAAAGAAUACAGAUAAAGAAGGACUUGAUGAUGAUGAUGACCCAAAGUAUGUGGAGAAACAUGGUGUAGAUGAAAAUGCUGUAAUGGAUUAUGUGAAGAAUGCUGAUGAAGGACUUAAUGAUGAACCAAUGGAAAUGGAUAUUUCUAAUCUUAAAGAUACACACAGAGACAUACAUGUGCUAACUGAAGUUGAGAUAAAACAAAGUGCAGAUGAAGAGGUACUAAAAGUUGUAGAGAAUGAAGACAAACAAGGUUCAGACAGAGAAAAUGUUUGUGAGAACACAAAAGAAUGGACAGCUGUAAAAUGGGAAUUUCACAGAGACAAUGAAAAGGUGCAAAGAAAGUUUAUGGCAAAGAAAGUAAAAUGGACACUUCUUCCACACUGCAAAUUAAGAUAUGAUUUUUAUGACUAUUUAGUUAAAGGAUGA